AUGGGCUCGCAAAUGGUACAAACUUUGCGUCAAGGGGUUUGGGCAUCAUUGACCGGAGGAUGGUACCAUGACCCGGACCAGAACAAAUUCAAUAACUCCUGUCACCUCUAUUUGUGGAUGUUCCUUCUGAUGUUGCCACUAUUACUACAUUUGGCUCUUCCGCCCACCUCCAUGGCACUUAGUAUAUACUGCACCUCAGUCACCAUUUUCUUCAUCACCAUAAAGAUGGUCAACUAUCGCCUCCAUGUGAUGUUUGAUGAAGCCCAGAGUGACAGUAUCCCUGAGGAGAAACAACCAACAGAGAGCCUGCAGCAUGAGGAGGAGCUCUCCCCAGAGGACCUGUCUAGCCCCAACCCUGACCAGGCCACCCCUCUUCUGCUGGGGGAGCAGAAGCAUGUGGCUCAUAGGGAGAUUGCUGAUGAGGGAUUGCUCUCCUCCAAGGGGAGUGAUGAAGAAAGAAGAGAGCAGAAGGAGCUGGAGAAACAGCCUCAAAAGGACCCCAACAACAACUCUCUAGAGGUCAUUCAGGAGCAUGAUGACCCCCUCCCACCUCCUCCUCAGAAUGACCAGCCAGAGGAGACAUACUGCUCGGACGAGAUAGCUGUUGUCUUGGUUGACAACUCUGGGCCAUCAGACCGCCUGGACGAGAACGACACAGUCAAGAUCAUCAUCACAAUGAUCUGUGAUGCCCAGACGGCUGCGGAGCUGGAGGAGUCGGUCAAACAGAGCAUCCUGGAGUCUGCCCAGGCACAGAUGGUCAUCGGCCACCAUGGAGGGGCUGCUGGCGACUGCCUCAUCAAAAUUUCAAAUCUCAAAUAUCAAAAAAUUCCUGUUAUCACCUUUGACUCGCCUGAGGAUGAUGAACAGAGCGGUGCAGAGAAUGAAGGGGAACCGUUAUCUGAGGUUGACCCUGCUCAGCUGCAGACUCCAAGCCCAGACGGCCAGAUCACCAAAGAGUUGAUGAGCUCUGACUCUGCCGCUCUGGACUGCCGGGACUUAGAAUACAACAAGGCAGACCUGGAACACCCCACCCCCCUGUUGACCACAGCCGACAACAGCUCCUCUGGCAUCGACGUCCACUCCCACCCUGAUGAGAACGACCCUCCAGACCUCAAUGUGGAUGCAGAUGGCUUCCUGCGAAUCCCGUCUACGUUCAGGAAGUACGGCCCGGGGGGCAGGACACACGUGCGAGGCCUGAGCAUGGAUAGUGGGAAGGAUGCAGUCCUCAUUGCGGACAGAUCACAGAACAGACAGACUACCAUGACCUCGUCUAAGUCAGACCUGGAGGCCAAGGAGGGCCAGAUCCCCAACGAAUCCAACUUUGUGGAGUUUGUGUCGCUGCUGGAGUCCAUUAACCCACCAGAGGAGGCGACAGAGGAGGGGGACAGAGCCGUGAAGGAAGAGGACGUCACUGACGCUGACACAGAGACAGAGUGCCAGCAGGAGCGUCCAAUCCCUCCCAAUACUCUGGCCACAACAGAAACCCUCCACACCAUCCCUGAAACACGGAUCCCCAUUGUGUCUCCAGACAGUGAUCUCCUGUCCACUUCCUCCAACUCGGAGUACCAGGACGAGCUGGCGGGCCCACACACAGACUGCCCCUUCCAGCGCCGCAUCAUCCCUGCACACAGGCUCCGGCCUCGGAGAACGUACUCCGAAAUCUUUCAGGAGGAGGACUCGAUCGGUGAGUCGUCAGAGACCUCCACACAGGGAAAGCCCUCUCCUAAGCUGUACUAUAAGCUUAAGCUUUUUCCUGGGAAGUGGGUGAACUUCUUGUAUGACCGGCUGACCUUGUUGGCGCUAUUGGACAGGAACCAGGAUGUGGUGGAGAACAUAGUGGCGGUGUUCCUGGCCUUCCUGGUGGCCUUCCUGGGGUUUAUCCUGCUCAACCACGGCUGCUUCAAAGACAUCUGGGUUUUCCAAUUCUGCGUGGUCAUCGCUAGCUGCCAGUACUCAUUGUUAAAGAGUGUGCAACCUGAUGCAGCCUCGCCAACACAUGGACACAAUCAGAUUGUUGCCUACAGCCGGGCAGCUUAUUUCUGUAUUUUCUGUGGCCUUAUUUGGAUUCUGGAACAGAUGUUAAGAAGGAAGGACCUGCCUGUGUCCACUGUAUAUGGCAUUCCCAUAGUAUUAGCAGAUGCUCUCAAAUUCCUGAGAGACAUUUUAGUGGGCCUCACCUUCUGCUUUCCUAUCACAUUUCUCCUUGGCCUGUUCCCACAAAUCAACACCUUUAUGAUUUACCUGCUAGAACAAAUAGACAUUCAUUUCUUUGGUGGAACAGCUGCAACUGGACUCCACUCAGCAGUGUACAGCAUAUUCCGUAGUCUGACGGCGUUAUCUUUGCUGUACGGGUUCUGUUUUGGAGCUUUGAAGGAGCCCUGGGAUGAACAGCACAUCCCAGCCUUGUUCUCUGGGUUCUGUGGCUUGCUGGUGAUUCUCUCCUACCAUCUGAGUGGGCAGAACAGUGACCCGACUGUACUGAUGUCAAUAAUCAAAUCCAAACUGAUGCCCACUCUUGUGGACAGUGAGGAAGAGGGGGAAGACUCAGAAGACAUCAGGGACCCUCUUCCUGAGAAGCUCAUGAAUUCAGUGAAGGAGAUUCUUCUUUCGGAUCUUGUGGUCUGCUCCAUUGCCUACAUUUUAACCUUUGCUAUUACUUCAAGCACUGUCUUCCUGUCCCUAAAGCCCUUUGUGACCAUAGUACUGUAUGCUCUGGCAGGGACUGUGGGCUUUGUCACCCACUAUCUCAUACCUCAGUUACGGAAGCACCACCCUUGGCUCUGGAUCUCUCACCCAGUACUAAAGAGCAAUGAGUACUCCCAGUAUGAGCCCAGAGACAAUGCUCAGUUGAUGUGGUUUGAGCGUCUGUACGUUGGCCUGCUGUGUUUUGAGAAAUACGUUGUUUACCCAGCCAUCAUUCUGAGUGCGCUCACCAAUGAUGGCUUCUCACUCAGUCACCGCAAGAAGCUAGGCAUCCACUGUGAUGUCUUGUUGAUGACAGUUGCUGGGAUGAAGCUCCUCCGCGCCUCCUUCUGCAAUCCCAGCUUCCAGUUCGUCACUCUCAUCUUCACUAUCGUCUUCUUCGAGUUUGACUGCAGCAGAGCCUCUGAAACCUUUCUGCUGGACUUUUUUAUUAUGUCUAUUGUCUUCCACAAGCUCAGCGAUCUGCUUCACAAGCUCAACUUCAUCAUGGUUUACAUCGCACCGUGGCAGAUCGCAUGGGGCAGUGCCUUCCACGCGUUCGCUCAGCCCUUCGCUGUGCCUCACUCAGCCAUGUUGCUGCUGCAGACAUUCAUCACAACUCUGUUCUACACCCCUCUCAGCCCCUUCCUGGGCAGCGCCAUCUUCAUCACCUCCUACCCGCGGCCCGUCAAGUUCUGGGAGAGGAACUACAACACCAAACGUAUUGACAACGCCAAUAGCAGACUGAUAUCUCAGGUUGAUAAAGAGACAGGAUGUGACGACAACAACCUGAACUCCAUCUUCUAUGAGUAUCUGACGCGCUCUCUGCAGCACUCGCUGUGUGGUGACCUGAUGCUGGGCCGCUGGGGGAACUACAGCUCUGGAGACUGCUUCAUCCUGGCCUCUGACUACCUCAACGCCUUCGUUCACCUCAUCGAGAUCGGCAACGGCCUGGUCACCUUCCAGCUCCGAGGCUUGGAGUUCAGAGGUACAUACUGCCAGCAGAGGGAGGUAGAGGCCAUCACUGAGGGGGUGGAGGAGGACGAUUCCUGUUGCUGCUGUGAGCCGGGCCACCUGCCACACGUCCUGUCCUGCAAUGCGGCCUUCAACCUGCGAUGGCUGGCCUGGGAGGUCACCACCACCAAGUACCUGCUGGAGGGCUACAGCAUCAGUGAGAACAACGCUGCCACCAUGCUUCAGGUGUACGACCUGCGCAAACUGCUUAUCAGCUACUAUCUGAAGAGCAUAAUCUACUACCUGAUCCAGUCCCUGAAGCUACAGACGUGGAUCAAGGAUCCCUCUAUCACGAAGGCUUUGGUGUCCUACACCAAGUGGCACCACAUAGAGAGAGACCCGGCCGUGUUCAGCGUUAAGAUAGACGAGGACUACGUCCACUGCCUCCAGGGCGUCACCAGGGCCAGCUUCUGUAACAUCUAUCUGGAGUGGAUCCAGUACUGUGCCAACAAGCUGGAGGAGCCUGUGGACUGUGACGAGGACUCCCCUCUGGUCACUCUGUGCUAUGCCUUGUCUGUGCUGGGCAGGAGAUCCUUGGGCACAGCAUCUCACAACAUGUCCAACAGGUGA